AUGCCUUUAAUCUUAUGCAAGGGAAAGCUAACCCUAGUCAGUCUAUUUGACGUAAAGAGCGGUAAGCCAAUUGCUAUGUUCUCUACAGAAAUGACUCUUAUGUCUCUAGAAUUUUCAAUUUUUGGCCAACAUAUAUUUUUAGUAGAAACAAUAAAAGGAGUGGGGACUUCUUCUUAUUUUCAAAGCUCUGUAUUUAAGGCAAGUGAAGCAGCCUUUCAUUUUUCAGCUAUAAAUUAA